AGUUCUAAUAAUGAAAUUUUUUCUAAUAGAGUUUACACAAUCAAAGAAAUAAGAGAAAAAAUAAUUGAUUGGGUAAUGCCUCAAAUGUCAUGGAGUUUGGAACCUCCCAAAACUUACACCAAAAAUAUUCAACACCUAAACCCAAAAUCUCAGAAAGAAUUGCCUGUGAGGACUAUGAUGGAUUCUUACAGUACUGCAAUUUUACCCUUAGCUGAAGAUGUGUCACUCCGAGAUUACUACAUCUUGUCUGACAAGAAAAUACGAUUUGGCCGCCUACUUGAAGAUUUAGAUACCUUUGCAGUUUGGAUAGGCUACAAGCACAAUCAAAAACGAGCCGGAUUGGAACCUGGAAAAAUUCCCUUUAAUAUGGUAACUGCAUUAGUGGAUAAAAUUACGCUCGCCGAUUAUUCCAUAACCACGGAUAGAAAUAUCAAAUUUUCCGGCAUGACCACAUGGGUAGGAACCACUUCCAUGGAAAUCACGAUGAAAAUCGAACAAAUGGCCCAACCUUUAGUAAACUCCCAGUCUACUAAAUCGUCUUCUAACACCUCUCAAGAAUGGUGUCACGUGUUAGAAACAAAGUUCUUGAUGGUAGCCAGAGACCGAUCUGAUCCGGCCAGAAUUUCCGUUUUUGUUAAUCCUCUCCCACCUUUUGCUAAAGCUGUUGAAUCAUCUUCCCCUUCAAGUCACCUACCAAUGACGAAAGAUGAAGAACAUUUGUUCGGUCAGGGAGCUCUAAAUCACGCUUUGCGAAGGGCAGCCGCAUCUCGCACCCUUCUUAAAAUGGCACCUUCUGCUGAGGAAAGGGAAAUUAUGCAUCAGCUUUUCUCCGAAACUAUAGAUCCCCUGGCCGGGACCUUUAAGCACAGGUUUUUACCUCAUAGAAGUAGAUGGAUGCAUGACACACUUGUCAAAACCGUGAUCAUUUGUCAUCCUCAGGAACGCAAUUUGAACAACACUAUAUUUGGAGGAUUUCUAAUGCGCCAAGCUUACGAAUUGGGUUGGGUUACUGCAUUUUCUUUCAUGAGAAUUAGGCCAAAAAUUUUGCGCGUUGACGAUGUAGUUUUCAAACAAUCCGUCAGUAUAGGAUCCAUACUCUAUCUUUCUGGACAAGUAGUUUACACAUCGGGCAAAAACGUAAUGGUAAAGGUUCAUUCUGAAAUGAAGAACAUGGAAACUGGGAAUCUUUCCACUUGCAAUAUCAUGCAUUUUUUAUUCCAACCUUCCAAUAUUCCUCUCAAUGAUCAUAUUCUCAUACCAGAAGAUUUACCACCAAGAGUCAUACCUCAAUCUUAUUCUGAAAUGAUGUUGUAUAUUAUGGGGAAAAGACAUUUUAUUCUAUAAUUAUUCGCCUUAAAAUUGAAUCCCAAAAAUUAGAAUCAAAAUUC